UCUCACCGCAGCGUUCCUUUUUUCCGGUGCCACUUUUCCCUCUCCGACUUUCCAGGAAGGCCGAUGGCGCGCCGGGCACGGCUGCUCCUGGCUGGGGCAGCUGCCUGGGGACUCUCCAGCGCGUUUCUGUCGCCCUGGACUGCAUCCAGGCCAUCCAGGGCACCACAUGUACAGAGAUGGGCCGAGGCCGAUAUCAUGGAAGUGCCUCCCAUGACGGAGGCUCCGGUGUACGUGAUGGAGGUGGAUGUGGUCACAGGGGAUCUGGACGUGUCAGCGCUGCCAGAGGAGAUGGGAGUUUACGCCGUGUACGAUGCCACUGAGAGGCUGCAAUACAUCGGCCUCUCCAAGGACAUCCAGAAGAGUGUGGCAAACCACGCGAAAGCCAUUGGCAUCCAGGAGGUGGGCGAGUUCAUCGGCUCGGUGAAGUGCGCUGAGAUGCCCGGGGAGUCCAAGGAGACCUUGAAGAACACCUGGGAGGUGUGGCUCAAGGAGCACCUGGGCAAUGGCGGCGAGAUCCCCGUGGGGAACCUGCCGGAGAAUGCCCCAGGCUGCGACCCCCGGUGGCGCAGCCGCGGGGCGCAGGCCAAGCCCUCGCUGAACCUCGGGGGCGUCGGCGGCAUCGCAUCGCAAGCAGAGGCGAUGGAGGCUGUGAGGACGGCCGUGGAGAGCAAUCCAGUUCUUUUGUUCAUGAAGGGCACUCCGGCAAUGCCGCAGUGCGGCUUCAGCGCUAGGACCUCUGGUCUCCUCAGAGAGAUAGGUAUGCCCUUCGAGACGGUGAACGUGCUUGACGAGGCGAGCAACCCCGGCGUGCGCGAGGCGGUGAAGGAGUAUGGGCAGUGGCCCACGAUCCCUCAGCUCUACGUCUCCGGGCAGCUGGUCGGAGGUGCCGAUAUUGUCAUGGAGAUGUACGAGAAGGGAGAGCUGGAACAGAUGCUGGUCAUCGCCAGCGAUGGCGGCGGCGCAAGCCAGGAAGCUGCAGAGUCCUCCGCACCUGGCGAGUAUGCCACAGGAAACAUCAAGCUGAUCGAUGACUCCAGAAGGCCAACGGCGACGGCUUUGUGCAAAGCUCUUGACGAAAGCUUUACUCUCCUCGACCUGCGGGUGGUCGACGAUUCGGCAGCGCACGAGGGGGAUGCAGGAGCGUUGGAGAUGGGCCUCACCAGCGAGUCCCACUUCACCGUUCAGAUGGUGGCGCCGGAGUUUUCUGGCCUCACACCCGUCCAGAGGCAGCAAAAGGUCUACGAAGCCCUUUCGGACGUCAUGCCGCGGAUCCAUGCCUUGUCCCUCGUUACGCGAACUCCUGAAGAAGCGGGAGGGGAGGGCCAGUGAAUCCGCGGCCAAACCCAGAACACACCG